AUGGCCACCUCAAAUGGCAAAGGUGAAAAAGUUUCCAAAUUUGAGACAUUGAAACUGUUGGAGAAAUGCAGAAAGGAAAGAGAUGAUGCCAUGCACAGAGAAAGUGUGCUGAGAGAGAAAUUGAGACAGUAUGAGUCAAGAAUGCGUUCAACUGAGGCUUUGAAACAGAAACUGAAGACCCUGACAGUGGACAACAAGGAGCUGAGGAAACAAGUGAAGGCGCUUCGUACUGAAAUUGGACUUGAGUGCAACCCUAAGUUCAAUGGAAAGACCACCAAGGACAUAAUCAAUGACUUUCAUGAAAAGGAGCGUGAGUGCACAUCUCUGGUGGAGAAGGCUGGGAAACUGAGUCUGACCAUUGAUGACUUGACAUCAGAAUUGGCAAAUACGGUGACCUCUAAAACACUUUUAGAGGAUCAAGUGCAGUCAUUACAGCAAAAUCUCAAGGACAUGACAAAUAAUCAACGGCGUCUUCUUAAGCUGUGGGAAGACAAGAAGACCCAAAGGGAGCAGCUGGCCCUCCCCGCAAUUAUCCAGAAACCUGGACAGAAACCAAUGGGCCAUAAAGCAGUUCAAACUGAGAUGUCCAUUAGUUCAUCCCAAAAGCUUCCAGUCAAUGCUUUUGAGACCAAGCCAUUUUCUCGGGACAGUGACAAAAAGACUGUUUUGGAUAAACACAGUUUUCCAGCUUAUGGAAAUGGCUAUCAUCACGACAAGAAAGCUUUCAUGCAUGAUGAAACUAAAGGCAUUCAGAAUUGA